GUAUCGCGCCAUUCCAGACAACGAGACGUACUGUUCAUCCAAUUCGUCCGACACUCCAACACUUACGUACAGCCCAACACUCACUUACGGUUAGUGACUCGCCUUUCUCCACCCCCCGGCAUUGCCGCAUUGCACACACCAUGGGACGCGAGGGGACCACGACACGAUGGGUCCGAUUCCUACGGGGACUGUUCAGCUUGUGGGUUUGUUCGAGUCGUUGUCGUCCUUUCUACCUAGUGUCCGGAUGUACAUCCGGAGCGUCGCUGCCGGACGAAACGUCGGCCCGUCACCUCGUCUCCCCACACCACACCUCUUACCCUCCCCACCAACCCGCUUGUCCUACGGAACCACUCCACGCCUCCGAAGUCGACGCCACAACGGUCCGUGUCCAAGCAUGGACGGAUCGAAACGGACACCGCAAUCUACAAACCGCCGCACCCAUUCCCAUUCCCGUCUACGUCACCUACAUUUCCCCUCCCAACACGACGCCUUUCAAUCCCGUGGAACAGCGCUACUUCGAGAUUGCCGUCAAUCUACUCAAUCGCGAUUUCCACAGCACGCCUUUUGUCUUUCGGUUGGAACGUUUCCACGCGGUGGACGCCCCGCAGUGGCGGGCGUGUCCCUUUGCGUCGCCGUCCACGGCCGCCAUGACGCAAGCCCUGCACCAGGGCGGCACCGACGCCCUCAACGUCUACGUCUGUCGUCCCGCGGCCUUUUCCGGAUGGUCCACACUCCCGCAGUGGCUCGAUCUCGACUUUUGGGAUCGACGACAAGACGGUAUCGUCCUGGCCGAACAAGCCGUCGUGGGAGUGGGGAAUCCCUCCUGGCGGAACACCUUGACGCACGAAGUCGGACACUGGCUCGGACUCUUUCAUACCUUUGAAAAUGGUUGUCGCGCUCCCGGAGAUGGAGUGAACGAUACCGCCGCCGUGGCACAGCCUUCCUACAGCUGUAACGGGAAUACCAAUACUUGUCCGGAUGACGAUCCAACCAUUGAUGCCGGUGUGGAUCCACUCGAGAAUUGGAUGGAUUACACACACUACGGUAAUUGUGCCAAUAGUUUUACUCCCGGUCAAAUUACCCGCAUGGUGGCCAUGUUUGAAGAAUUUCGGACUCUAGAUCCCACCAACCACACGACCGACCCGGUAGUGGUCAACAACGCUGCCCCGGUUCCGUCCCCUUCCACCAUGGCUCCCAGUAUGGACCACGUUUCUUCCACCAAUGCCACUAUUCCCACGACUCCACCCGUGCCUUCCACCACCCAUACAGCCACGGCCCGUCCCAGUACGGCACCCGUCCCAGCCACCAUGACCACUACUCCCACCACCGUAUCCCUCCCUUCCAUUGCGCCCACUCCGCUCUGCACACCGCCUUAUCAGUUCUGCAACGUGGCGGCCGGCGCCGUGUGUUGUCGCGAGACGUUGUCGGCCGACCCUUUUACCGUCUUUUACGCCUGCUUGCAAAACACCUGCGUCCCGGCUCAACGCAAAUCACGCGUGCCGGAAAAGGACGGUUUGCGGGACCGCGCGGUCGAUGACGUGGACCGGAUGGACACGUCGCGGGGUGCCACUCCGACGGUGGCGGUGGGCACCAUCCGGGGGGGACCCCGGCGGUUGCGGUCUCCACGAGACGGCGUGCAAUGA